AUGAAGGCACAUCAAUCACGCUCUGCUUUCAUUUCUUGCAACUCACAACAGCUUACACACACAAGACGAGCAGGCCAUUUCAUCACGGCCUCUCUCGUGAUCGCUUCUUUGCUCACACUGGCUACACUUACUUCUCUCGUAUUCUCAUUGAGUCUUGGUAAAUGGGAAGAAGUUCAUAUAAGAAAAGGUGCUUUACCUCUAGAGAGGCCAUUCCAUGGCUGUGAUUUACAUCCAUCAGGCAAGAAAAUGAUCGUAUACGGAGGAAGAACAGGUAUUACUACCAUGGGGAAUACUUUUCAUAGUUUUUCUUUCCAGGAAAAAAGCUGGAACAAGUACAAUGUUGAACCUGUUGAUAUGAAGGCUAUCCCAUCUUUGGCUGGACAUUCUUUCACGACUGUGGGCGAUAAAAUUUAUAUUUAUGGUGGAAGAAGUGGUUUGUUCCACUUUAGUGAUGAACUCUUUGUUGUGGAUACUCAAUCAGAUACUAUCAGAAAGGUCACCACCGAAGGAGAUGCUCCCUCUGCUCUUCAAUCUCACUCUGCUUCAGCUCUUGGAGAGUGUAUCAUUAUUUAUGGAGGUAGUGAUGGUAAACGCACAAAGAAUGAUUUGUAUGCGUUCAAUACCAAGACUAAUGCUUGGAAAUUGCUCCGAACAACUAAUCCAGGACCAUUCAUUGAAGGACAUAAGAGUAUCCUUGUUGGAAACAGACUUUUCAUGAUUGGUGGUGUGAAUUCCAAUAAUGAUCAACAAUUCAACUCUGAUAUUAAUGUCUUGGCACUCCCACAAACUUGUGAUGAACUUUUCGAUGGUAGUGCUGCAUUAACUUGGUCCGUUUUGAGAGUGGGAGGCAAACCAAGAGCAUUCCAUUCAGCAAGCUUGUUAGAUGACAAGAUUUAUGUUCACGGUGGUAUGAAUUCUCUAGAUACUCUUCAAGACACCAAAGUGUUUGAUAUUAAGAGAGAAAAAUGGCUUGACGACAGCACUAUUGAGAAUGAGCCAUCCAUUCCUCGUAGAGGACACUGCAGUGUUGUUUUUGAAAAUAGUGUUUAUAUUUUCGGAGGAAGCAGCGAUUGGAAGAGAACGUACAAUGAUGUUUGGUUGUUGAAUACGAAACCAGAAAUUACUUUCGAGCCUGUAACUAUCGACCCAAAGAAGGGUUUGUCAGAAUAUAUUGAGGAUGCUCUUGCAUCAGUUCAACAGUUGUCAUCCAUUGAGAUUGCCACUGAGGAAAAUGAAAAGCUGAAUGCUGACAUUUUGAAAUCAGAAAACGAAUUGAGACAACUCAUUACAGCUGAUACUGAUGACUCAUCAUUGACCGAUCUUGUCAAGCGUAUCGCACAAUGGAAAAAGAUUGAGACAUUGUUCUUGGAGCUUCAACAAAGCAAAUCAAAGGUUCAAAACAUGACUGAAAAUAUCAAAUUUGACUUUGAGGACAUUGACAACCUUGUUAAAGAAUACAAUAAUCAAGUUGAAGUAUUGAAAAAGAGUAGCGAAGCAUUAACUUCUCGUCUUUCCACUUUGAAAGAAAAGGAAGACAAGGUUGCUUCUGAAGAAAAGAAAGCAAAGGACCUUCUUCUUCAACAAGAAUCUGUCUUGAACACUGUCCACUCAUUAGAGGGUGACCUUGACCAACAAAAGGUGCUCUUCAAUAAUAAGAACAGACUCAGAGAAAAGGUUGUGAAGGAAAGAGAAUCAUUACACGAAAGGUUGAAUCAACUCAAUACCAUUCUCAACACAGCUGAUGAUAUUCAAAAGGAAUCACAAGCAAAGGAGAGCACUAGACUUGCUGAUCUUGAGAGAGUCCGUGAGCAAAUUGGCACUAUUAGCUCUGAAAUUGAAGAUUACAGAAAGAUUGUUAAAACUUUGAACCAUGAGAUUAGAAGUAUUGAUAACAGAUUGUCAAAGAUCAAUGAACUUACAACUGAAGCACAAGAUGUCAAGCUCAAAUUUGCUGAACAAUUAAAGUACAAGUACGCCUAUGAGAAGAGCAAGGACGACUUCCUCUCCAAAGUAUUUGAAUUAGAAGAAGAAAACAUUUCUGAAAAGAUUCCAAAGAAGACCGAAGAAGAAAAGAAGAAUGAUGAAAUGAAGGAAUUGGACACCAUGAUUGAAACCUAUAGAAUUAAAUACCAAAAGACCAAGAGUGCCAAGUCCAUUGAAUUCCAACAAGCAUCCGAUGAACUCAAGAGACGAGAGGCCAAACUCAAAGAACUCAAAGAACAGGAAGAAAAGAUUACUGCUGAAUUGAGUAGCCUUCGUGAAAGAAUUGCAUCCAAGAAGAAUGAAAAGGAAAGCAGUCAAUUGGAGAAGGACAAGAUUGAAGACGCAUGGAAAGAAAAGUGCUCUGAAGCUGACACUCUUGAAGUUGAAACCAAUCAAUUGAAGAAUUCUAUUGAUGAAGUGCAAAGCAAGUUGAAUGAUGAGAGAAAGGAAAGUCAAAAAGUGGCCUCUGCACUCGAAGCACAACGUUCUACGUAUCAAGCAGCCAAAUCAGACCUUGACAAUCUCAAUACUGAACUCAAAGACAGUUACGAGAAGGUUGUUGCCUAUAAUAAUGGUAUCAAGAAGUUGGGCUCUAAGAUUUCAGCUAUGAAGAGAGCUGUGAGCGUAAGAAAGUCUGAUUAUGAUGACCAACGUGCUGAUUUUGUUAAAUUCAGAGAUGCUCUUAACAAGGCUAUUGAAGAUGCUGACAGAGUGUUCUUAGAUAGAAUCAGACAUCUCGAAGCACAAUUGAGCGCCUUCACUGGCAAGUCAAAUGUACAAACAUCAGAUAGUGCCAAUCAAACCAAAGCUCCAGAGAUUGUACAAACCACUACAACCACCACCACUGUAGCAGAGGACACAUUUUAA